AUGCUUCAAGACUCGCGGAUACGCCGGCAUGUUUUUAUUGUCCUUCUGAGUGCUGCAGCGCUUGAAGCCGUACCCAUUGGAAUGGGUCUGGGCGGACUUGGUGGAUAUGGACUUGAUGAAUAUGGAGCACUUGGCGCUGGACUUGGAUCUGGAAUUGGGGGCGCCCUCGGUUCUGGCGUUGGUCUAGGCGUAGGCACGGGUCUUGGCGUAGGCACGGGUCUUGGAUUAGGCACGGGUCUUGGCUUAGGUACGGGUCUUGGCUUAGGUACGGGUCUUGGCACAGGAUUAGGGUUGGGCAGAGUAGGCCUAGGUACCGGACUAGGCUUGGGUGGUAUGUCCAGUGGCGGCAGCGGAUUCUCCGGUGGGGGACAGUUCGGAAGCCAAGCACUCAAUAGUGGUGCAAGCGGCAUCGGUAACCAAGGAUAUCACAGCCAAGGAGUUGGUGGUUUCCAUAACCAGGGACAGCACAACAGUAAAAUCACCUCCAUCACACAAGCUGAGCAGUCCGAUGGACACGACGUUGGCAGUAGUAACGCCUAUGGCACCGGAGGCCACCUCGGUAACGGCUACAACAGGUACGGCAACCAAGGCGGCCAGUUCGGCAGCCAGUACAACCAAGGCCAAAUGGGACAACAAAGCUCGUUCAUU